AUGUCCCAAGACCAUCUAACGUCGUCUGAAGAGUUCUCCGAUUUUCCAACAGAAAAAUCAAAUGAAUCUGUUCCAACCUCACCUGAGGCAACAUCCUCAAUACAAAAAGAACUUGUUAAUAAACCACUCAUUAAGACUCUGGUGUCAACUUCACCAUCAGUAUCUUCGAUUUCGUCUCCUGCUCCGACUUCUCUCAAUGAAGAACCGAUAGAGAAGAAGGAGAAAAAGGAAAAGAAAGAAAAAAAGGAGAAGAAAGAAAAAAAGUCUUCAAAAGUCAUUAAUUUUGCCAGUGGUGUAUCAACAUCUGUCCCCUUAACCGGUGAAAGACCUAGACCUACACCGCACGCUUCCAUGGAAGACGAUGUCUUGUUGGCUAUAUUCAUCAUUCUUUACGAGAAUGAUAAUGAUUGUCAAGGUAUGACAGUCAAACAGAUCUGUGAUAUCUUGGUUGAAAAACAUCCAGAUAUGUCUAAGUUAUCUUCUAAAACAUCAAAUUUAGUGAGUGCUAAGUUGAAUGCCUAUGUUAAAAAAGUCGAAAAGGGUGAUGCGUCAAUACAUUACGCUUUAUCAAGAGACUGGGCAGAUUCGUCUCCAAAAAGAAUGGUGUACGUCUAUCGUGGUAUUCUAUCCCCUGAAUACCCUGCUUAUGUUAUGAAGAUCAUCGAAGAGCACCGAGAAAGAGAAGCAAUGAAUGAUAGUGCAUCUUUAAAUGCAAACCCGGAUAAUACUCCAAUCGAGAGGGUCGAGUUUGAAGCUGAUAUGAAUGAUUCAACUUUGGUCUACACUUCUAAGUUGAAGGCUGAUCUUCUGGGCAAGGUAGAUGGUAGAACUAGCUCUAGUUCCUCAUUAUCUCAAAGUUUAUCAUCUUUGCAUUCUGUUUCUCCGGCGGGACUGCAACUAAAUAAAGUUUCUCCAUUUGGUAAUGGUACUAUUGAUUUUGGUAUCUCCCAAUUAUCAGUUCCGUAUGAUGUGGCUCCGGUUACUGCUUCUCUGAACAUAUCGAUGCCUGUCAAACCAGAUGAAGAAACUAACAGAAUACUAUCAACCACAUCCGAUUUUUCACUAAGGAAAGGUAACGAAUUCCUGCCAACUAUUCCAGAUUCCGAUGAUGAAUACAGUUUGUUGAAAGGUGAUUUUGAUGAUGAUAAUGAUGCUGAUGAUGAUGAAAGUAGCAUUUAUGAAAACCAUGGUUAUUACAAGCGUGGAUCUGACCUUAUCACCGAAAGAAUACCGUCUAGUCUUGGUAAAAGAUCAAAAUCUAUCAGCUUUGUUAAUAAGAGACCAAAAUCAGCUUCUUCGUCAAUCCCCCAGAACAUUUCAGAAGCGGCUAUCAAAAAUAGGCAACCUACAAUGUCUCCGGACAGUCCACCAAAACGUAUAAUUACCGCUGCUGCUGUAACUCCUAGAGUUCCAAGAAAAACACUUGCUAAUACCCCCAAUGCAGCUGCAGCUGUUGCUGCUUUAAGAGCAGUUGCUCUAAGCCCUUAUAAUGGUUCAGUGACUGAUUCUGUCAAUUCAAUCACAAGCUCGAUCAUGAGUGAUACAACGGUAGAACCAUCGAUCAGUGCGAAAUGGUUAGAAACAGUUAGAUCAGGAUUUCUUAAUCAAGAUAUUGAGAGCCCUGAAAACGUUUCGUUGGCUGAACUGGACAUCUUAUUUGCUUAA